AUGCUUCGCCGCACCUCUCUCGCGUGCAGCUACAGAGCCUCGCUCGAGCUGGACCGCAUCCGCAGCAUGCUUCGUGGCCGGGCGCGUCUCGAGCGGAAGGUUGGACUAAAGCGUUUGUUUUUUCUCAUGCGUACGCAAACUCGGUACCGGGUGGAGCAGCAGUCCCAUUGGAACCGGGCGAUUGUGCGAAAAAAUGUAGACAGCGCUGCCCGCGAGCAUGGCACCGGGUGGGCGCAGCUGCGCAACGAGUUUGGACGGCAAAACAUAUUGCUGCUUCCCCGCUCCCAACAGAUGCUUGCGCAGUAUGAGCCAUUGGCGUUUCGCGCGGUUGUCGAGCUUUGUGCCUCGCGCAUUCCACCGCCCCCACCGCCGGUGUUUACAAAGGUGCCGGAGGAAGCUUACAUGCCGCGAUCCAACAAUCCACAGGAGUCUCAUCCGGCCGCCAGAGUGGAGUUACGACGUGGCGUGGAGCGCGUGCUGCAGUGUGCUCCGUCCAAGUUGCGGGAGGCUGUGCACGGCGAUGCCGACAGGCUGAUGGAGGCCUGGAAGGAGUUUGAUGUUGCGGCAGGAGGAGGAAAAAAGUGA